CCACCACCACUCCAAAAAUCAAAAUCACCUCUCUCAUUUCUUCUCCACUCUCUAGGACCAAAACUAGGGUUAGGGUUUUACAGCGUUGUAUUUUGGUAAAAUCAUUUGAUUUGAAGAUGAGUUCGAAGGAAGGAGGCGCGUCUACUAAGGGAGGAAGAGGUAAACCAAAGGCAUCUAAGUCCGUGUCGAGAUCACAGAAAGCAGGGUUGCAAUUUCCAGUAGGGAGGAUUGCUAGGUUCUUGAAGGCUGGUAAAUAUGCUGAACGUGUUGGUGCUGGUGCUCCUGUCUAUCUCGCCGCUGUCCUCGAGUAUCUCGCUGCCGAGGUGCUUGAGUUAGCUGGGAAUGCAGCGAGAGAUAAUAAGAAGAAUCGUAUAGUGCCAAGGCACAUUCAGCUUGCAGUAAGGAACGACGAGGAAUUAAGCAAGCUAUUGGGGUCAGUUACAAUUGCUAAUGGAGGUGUUUUGCCUAAUAUUCACCAGACACUUCUUCCCAAGAAGAUGGGCAAAGGAAAGGGUGACAUUGGAUCUGCUUCUCAGGAGUUUUAGGCUUUGAUAUGGCCUGUAUUUUUUUGGGUGUUAUUAGGGUUUCCACAGUCUGUAUUAUAUUCUUUUUGAUGUCCUGGCUACGUGGGGUUUUACUCUGCUGUAUGUUUUUGGUAAAGCUGAGGCUUUUUGGAAUCUACAUCUAAUGGAACUGCUCUUUUCUCGUUUUAAA